AUGUACAACAACUUCCCCCUCCCCCGCCCCAUGCCCCCUCAGCAGCCCAUAUAUCCGGUUCCGCACUACGCCGCGCCUCCGCCACAAGGGUAUUCCACCCCCGGGCAGUUUCAACACGCUCCCCCAGUUCAAACACAGCAGUACGCUCAGCCUGCUGCACAGCCAUACCAGCAGAACUUGCCCACUCCCAACCACACUUUUCCCCACCCCAAUCCCCCCCCCCAAACCACCCCCCCAUCUGUGAACCAACCCAUGAACCACGCUGCCCCGCCCCCAAACCCUCAGAACGGCGGUUACGGACGUCCGGGAAACAGCUGGGAAACGGAUUCACGCAGAUGGGGUCCAGGACCAGAGCCAAAUUGGAACGGGUACGGACCUGCACCAGUAACCCAAUACAGCCACGGGCAGCCGAACUGGAACCGGAGCCCCGCACCUCCUAACCCCCGCGUCGAGCUUUACCCCGUGCAGAACUCACCUAACCCAGAAUUCCCACCGUUACAAAACCCGCAACCUCGCCCGUCGUACUCCCAGCAGUUCAAUCCGCCCCAGCGCACUGACAACUGGUACCCCCCACGGAACAACAUAGGAGAGCAGACCAGAACGCGCCCGGAUAACGCAUCUGGAGGACCGGUCAGAAAUAACCCACGCCAGCCAAACCCUCGGAACAGCAAUCCACGUCCCCAGAGUAACCCACCCUACGAAAAGCCGACCCCGCCGAAACCAACGGUGUACCGGCAGUCGGUAAUGCCUUACUUCACCACGGUCAAAGGGGAGUUCACACAACUCUGUGUGUACACCGCCCAGGAAAAACACUGCCCAGACCCUAAAUGCAGGUUUUCCCACGUGCCCAAACCCGAGCGCCCCUGCCCCGCCUUCCAUACCCCAAAAGAGAAAUGCCCUUUCGACAGUAAAUGCCUGCUCGGACACACGGAGGCACGAGAAGCCGUAAGACAGUCCAAGGCCUUCGCAAAGCACAAGGAGUGGCAGUCCCAAGUGAAAACUACCCCAGGAACGUACGGCGAAACCGACGCCGCAGAAUCCGGAACAGAUAAGGCAAACCAGGCGAAAAUGACCCCAUCCCAACCGGCACAUAACCCAGCAACACAAGACGCACCAACGGACAAGCACGCGCCCGCGCCCGUACCCGCGACCGCACCCGCGAGCUCGCGCUCGCGGCCGCGCCAGCUGUCACAGAAGCUCCCCCCGCCCCCGCGAACCCCUCAAACCCCGGAACAGUCCAGGCGAUUAACUUCCAAACCCUGGUCGCCGAGAACGAAAAACGCGGUCAAGAAGACGAACUUCGUCGUCUUUCCCUCCUAA